CAGGUCGGCAGCAGCAGUUAUUCCAAUUUGGAAAGAAUGUCGGUGGUGUGUUUUGGAAGAGGUGUUUUGACUCACGUGUGAAUAUUUUCGAUUUAAUAACAAAAAAACUCUGCAAGUAUUCGAAAACUACCCGGAAUAAUUUACUAAACGCAUCUGUCCAUCAGUUAGUGUCUUCGCGCAGUGUAAUCAAGAGUGUCUUGGGCUUUUUUUCAGUGUGCUUUCGUGAAAUCUGCAAUUGUCUGGCGCCAUAACCUCGAAAACGUGUCCAUCUCAAAACAGUGCUUUAUUUACUCGAAAUUCAGUGUAAUUCGUCUCGGUUCAAGGGUAUUCUUGCUCACUUAUAUGUUGUAUCUCCGCCAGUAUGCCCAGGUAGUGUCCGGAAGGUGAAAUAAUACUGAAAAAUCGUUCUGUUUUGGAGGUGUUUAUGAAUCUGAAGAACGUCAACAUGGAUGUGGGCCUAUACAGGGACGACGAACAGUUCUCGUUCGAUUCCUCGUCUCCAUACACGGACACUUACUCGAGUGACAUGAGCAAUUAUGAAAGUUUUGGACAAAGCGAGUUCUUUGAACGAAUCCACUACAUGCCUGGACCGCCAAAUCAUUUGUUUGAAUGGGAGGAUUCAGGCAGACGUGUGAAUGAUGAUCUACGGCAUUCACAUAGAGUUGUGUACGAUGCACCACAAACAAAUAUUAUUUUUGAAGGUCAAAAUGAUAUUAUUCUCCCUGAGGAAGCACAGGACUUAUCAGUUCCAUGGCCUGCUGCAACCCAAGGGGCAAAUACCGAACAAGAUCCAAAUAUAAAGCUACAAGAUAUUCUCGAGCUUCCCGAAAUAGUCAACAAUUUAGAAGACAUACAGCCAAGUAGUAGUAUUAUCAAAACAGAGCCCAUCUACGAUAACAGAAUAUCACACAUGCACGAUUCCUCAAUAGUAGAGACCGAUACAAGGAGACGUACAGUCUCCGAGACUGAAGAUCUACUAAACAUUAGCUUUAGUAGCACAGAAAUGACAAAUUUCGACAUAGCAGAGUAUAUUUUCGAAGAAAACAAACAAUCCAUUCAGAGUAUACCCCAGAUUGAUUGUACGAAUAGUGUUAAAAAUGAAGUACCAGAGCCUGUAGUAGCACAAAAAAUUACAAAAAGGUCCGUGGGAGCAGGCAGAAAAAAGAUAGACAUGAAAGCUCAAAGAUACGUUGUGGAAAAUAGAUAUAUUAAGAAAUCUUUGUCUGAUGAUGAGUGCGAUGUAGAUAUUGAAACGGUUUCCGAAGAGGAAAAUGAGCCAGUAUUAGAAGCGGGUGAUUUGGCUAGUCUUUUGGAAAAAUUCGAAGCAGCCGAAUCGGAUAAGUGCAAUGAGAAGAAGAAAAGGGUAGAUGUAGUAGUUAACUUAGAAUUGAAGGCUAGUAUAAAGCCGGUAAAGACUAAAAUCGAACAGGGUGUGAUAAAACAGGAAUAUAUAGUUAAAGAGCGUGUGGAGGAUAAGCAUGACAAGAAAAUGAAAAAGGAACAAGCAAGUAGGAAGAUAGUUGUGAAGCAAGAAAAGACUGAUAGAAAAGAAGAAACUUUGAUAAAAAAUGUUAAAACAGAACCAGAACAUACCAAACCAGUUUCAGUUAAAACUGAGCCAGAACACAAAACACUACCAAACACACAACAGAACACUACCAAACAACCAAAACCAGCUACCUCUACUACAACAGCCAAUAAGAGUCAGAUCAGGGAGUCGCUGCCACAGGAUCUGAUUGACCGGAUCAAGGAAUCCGGAAAGAGGAAACCAAUCACUGUAAUCCAGCCGAUAGCCAACAGAAAAGUGAAGCCUGUCAAGCCUGUAGGACCCCCCAAACUAGUGCCCAUCCAAAUGAGCAAGACUGACAUGGUGAAACUGGAUCACAAUUACUGUAGCACAAAGAGUAGUUCAAAUGUACCGGUCGUUAUAAAGAAGGAUUCCGGGUUUGUUUCGUCUGAGGACGAUGACAAGACGAUUAUUAGUAGACAGCCCACUGUGAAAAACGCAGAUGGAACACUUAUGGUCUCGUUACUGAAGGCAAACACAAUACGCAAAAUCGAAUGUAAGACCGAACCGACAGCCGUUGCCAACAAUAAAAGAAAAUUGAACUUGGAAGAGUACAAAAAACGCAGGAAAGACUUCCUAACCCCCCAAAACAGCUCCUUAAACUCUUCCCCAAACACCAGCACGUGCAGCUCACCCCUACCCGAAGACGAACACCAGAAAAUGUUGAAACACCAAGAAAAACUACGCAAAAUGGCCGAAGAACUCCUCAACUCAGCCCCAAAGUCGGAGAAAAAAUCUGACCUCUCUUCGAUAUACUCCAGCUCGGCUGCUUCGUCAGCUUCAGCUUCGCCGUGCUUUACUAACGUCAAACCCGAGCUGUCACAGGUCAAGACCGAACAGCCACCUGUCAAAAUUGACGUACCUGUCGCUGUCGAAUUCCCGAAAGUACCUUCGUAUUUAGAACGUGUAACCGUUGUCAGUGUUGGAGUUAAUACUGAUUUUAACGGUCCUUUAGAGCCUGUGGUGAAGCUGCAAGAAAUCAAGCCUUUGCUGGAGAAGGCCAGCGAUAAAAUCAGCGAUAACUCGCUGAUAUCUUCGGUCAUAGAAAAUAUACCGAAAGUGAUAGAUAAGAAAGGAAGGGUUCUGAAUGUACAGGGUGCGGUGAACAAGGAAGAUGCUGAAUGUCAUGGUGAGGAUAUGCGGGUCAUGUAUUUGGAAAAGGAUAGGGUGAGGGUGCCGACUAGCGAGGCUUGUACGCAGACGAAUAUAACUUUUGUGGAACAGUGUAAAAAAGAAAUGAGUAGGAGGAGUAGGAAGAGGUCUACGAGUAGUUCGAGUUCUUCCAACAGCAGUGUAUAUUCGAAUAGCUCAAAAAGAUUUAGACACGAUUCUAUAUCAUCUUCGAGCUCGAACUGUUCGAGAAGCUCGCGCAGAUCAACAUGUUCUUCCAGGUCUUCAAGAUCGUCAAAUUAUUACUCGCACAGGUCAUAUUCUAGAUCUAGAUCAAGAUCUCCGAGAUACCGAAGGACAAGAUCGCCAAAAACUGCGGAAAGAGAUCAUUUGAAUGCCGUCGAAGAAAGAAGAAUCAUCUAUGUUGGCAGGAUAACCAAGGGUACCAUCAAAGAUGAUUUGAGGAAAAAGUUUUACAAGUUUGGGCCUAUCACGAAGAUUUCUCUUCAUUUCCGAGAUAUUGGUGAAAACUAUGGAUUUGUCACUUUCAAAUACAAAGAAGACGCUCAUGCUGCUUAUGAGCAUGGUAACGAAGAUCCUUCCUACCCUUACUACAAAAUUAGCUUUGGAGGACGCAGAGAAUUCUGUAAAGCAGCUUACUCAGACUUAGAUAACAUGAGGGACGAGUCUUUCUAUCACAUGCAAUCCAGCGACAAUUCCUAUGACAAACUACUCAAAGACACUUUGGAAAAACUAAAGAAACGCAAAGUUUGACCCUGCGCUACUGAUCUACUCGACAACCUUCGUAAAUCUUCGUUUUUCUGUCAUUUUCGCCAAUUCAUUUUCGUCUUUUUUUGUGAUAACGGCUAGUGGGUUAUCUACUAGCAUUUUUUUUAAUUUAGUUCAAAUUGAAAAACAAAAGCAUGCACUUUAUUUUAUUAAUUAUUUGGGAAUGAUGUUUUUUCGGAAAAAAAAACAUCCUGCGCAAACUAUUUUUUUUAAUUUAUUUUUCUAACGCUGAAAACACAAAUAAUUUUUUUUUCUCGUGUAAAUAGUAUUAAAUAUGAGAUGAAUUUAGAAAGAAAACAAAAUAUAAAAUUGAUUAUAUUAUUAAGUUGUAUUUUUAUUUAAAUUUUGUUCUAUCUUCGUUGUCAAUAGGUUUUGGCAAAUCUAUUUUAUGACAGUUUAAGUAAUUUUAAUCGUUAGUUUCUUUGGCCAAACUGUUAAAUAGGGUUUAAAAUAUACAGGGUGUGCUAAAAAGUGUAAUUAGGUGACAAAAUAUUGAUAAAUAAUGUCAAUUUUACCGUUAUAUUUACUGGCAAAAUAUAUCAGUUUUUCAAAUGAAAGUCUCGGUAUACUUAUUUAUCUUAGUACAUACUCUUUGACGUUUUUUUUUAUAUAUUGUCAUAUAACCCCUUUUUUUACAUUGUUUAAGAAGACUUUCGACAAUUUGUCGCCAUGACAGUUGAAUUGAAUGUCAAAAUAGUUUCUUUUUGUUAUUGGAUACAGUGA